CACAUGGUGUUGUGAUGCGGUCAUUGCUGCGAUUGCACGUGGCAUUUGUACUGUAGGUAAAUUUUGACCAUCUUGAGGAGCUCUGGAGGAAGCUCACAUUUCAAUAUAUUUUCAAUCAAAGUAAGUCGGGAUUGAACAAAUUGAUUUCAGACGGAAAAAAAAAUACAAAAAAGUGAACCUCAAGUCGGACAUCAGUGGAAACCAUUCUCGCAAAAAUGGUCUGUUUCAGCGAAGACAAGAACGUGAAAAUUCCAAAUUUCAGUGACUUCCGCAAAUCCUUUCUCUACACUCCGUGCAAUUGUCCCUUGGUCGAUUGUGACUUCUCUGGUCAGCGGAAGGAGUCCACCAAGCGCAAGUAUCGCACUUCCCGCCGUACUCGCAAAUUAGCCAGACCAAAAUGUCGCGGAGCGAAGUUCUACCAGCGACCGGUAGCGCAAUACGGCAGGACCAUUCAGAUGAUACGAGCCUACCAAGAGCCUUACGCAUCGACGCGGAUUCAACAGUUGGCGCUUCCGAAAGUACGCAAAUUGAUCGCGGCUCGAGAUGCGUAUCGUCGUUUCAUCAACCGGUGCUGGUACGAUAGAUUUGGGAAGCGAAUCAAACGGAGCAUGUUCACGGUGUACAGCCGACUGGCCAAUGUCAAUCUACCAUCGUCAGAAUCCAAAAUGGUAAAAAUGACCCCGGAACAAUGGAAACAGCAUCAACAAUGGUUGUCGAAAAAUGCGCUACCGAAACCGCUCAAAAAGCCAGAGAGAAAACCUCGCAAACGAGUGCCACUAAUACAACUGUUGGAUCGAGUUAUGGAUCUAUCUGCGCCUCGUUGGACGUGUAAAAAAUACGCAGGACCCGUGAAAUUUAGAGCGGUGGAACCGGGUGCACUGAAAGCAGUUGCAAGUGAUCGCGUAAAGACACUUUGCCAACCCAAAGAACGACAUCGACGAGCGAAAGGACCUUAUAAGGAAGACUUAUCUAUCCCAAAAUCUGCUCUAGAAGCUGUUGCGACAUCACGUGUAGUUGAUCUUGCUAAACCAAAAGUCUGUCGGAAUGUAAAGAACGAAUAUCGCGAGAAUCCUUUCACGGUGGACCCUCGAGCGCUUAAGGCAAAAGCGAGUGACCGCAUACUGGAGCUUGCUAAACCGAAGAAGGUGAAGAAAUAGAACACUAAAUUUUUGAAUAUUUAGCUAUAUUUUGUUAAACAAAUUUAAUUGUAACAUCCUUGAACGAGAACAAUGGGAGUAGUUGGAUAAUAAAUGGUUUCAAAUGA